UUAGUUUCUGCUGAUCAAAACCUAAGGGCAGUGACUCUGUCUCCAGAUCAGAUGACCUCGUUGAACAUCCCAUAUGUGAUGGUGCCUGUGCUUUGCCAAACAUCCGUUCCCAACAUAACCUCUGCCGCUGGUGGCCUUCAGAGCCCCGGUCUAAUGCAUUUCAACCUUCAGAACCUCAGCCUGCUGCCGCCCACACAGCUUUUAAUGGGAACAGUCUUGAAGGCUCCACCGACGCCCUCCACCGCUUGCUCCUCUUCACGAGACCGGCAGAGUUACUCGAGCCCCGUGCUGACCGAACGAUCUCGGGAAAGCAAAGGAGACGCUGCAGCUUUGCAACCGGUCGCUGUACUCAAAGUGCAGCAACAGUCGUCUGUUCCGUUGACUCCCAAGGGUGAACAGCCAACACUGCUGGAGACUUUCUUCCACACACCUGUAGCCACAAUGCAAGUGAAAAAACCGGAGGGUGUGCAAGUGAAGGUUAUGUCCUCAGCCCAGCGACGACUAGAAAUUGAGAAUAGUGUUUCAAAAUAAUGCAUUCUACACAGUAUCUUAUAGACGAAUGUUAUUCUUAGUAAAUAUUGAGUGUAUUUGGGAAUUGUCUAACCUAUCAAUGGUGUCAAUUGCUGCAGAUUACUUUGACUGUAUUGUGUAUCCGUGGUUGUUUACAAAUUCAUUGCACACCAAACCAUUUGAAAGUAAUCGAUCGUUCUGAUGAGGUGGAUGAACAACAAAGCACUGAGUAUUUUUUUUAAUCCUUUCCUUUUUCGUCUAUAUACGGGAGAGGUUUUAUAUUGUGUUACAUGUUAAUAUAUUAGUAUGAUCAAAUUUGAAAUAUGCUUGAAAUUUCAAACUAGGAAAUGUUUUAUGGAGCCAAAAAAGGACAUCCUUUGGUGACUUUCAACAGAAAGGCUAUUGUCGACCUUGUAAAGGUCAAGGGAAUUGGUGAGCUGAAUGCCCUCAUACCAGGCCGUUUGUUGUUGGAAGGGGAGAAUGCUUUACUGCAUGUUGUUUCCAUUUCCACGAGCCUUACAAUCCAAACCAUAUGUGGCAAAAGGUGGGUACUUUUCAGAUCCCACGUGUACUUAUAUACCAACAGCAGAAGAAGACCCCCCAAGGAACUGGCACAACAGAAAUUGGAUGUUAAUAAUGUGAAUAAUCUUGAAUAAUUACAAAAUACUGUGAUAUAUCUGCAUGUUAAUCUGCAGCUCUCACCAGACCUAAGAUGGCCAGCUAUUGGAGUGGUUAGGGCAAAAAGAUUGAUCUUGGCAUUCAUUCUGUGGUAAACUAUGUAGGAGUGACCCAUAAAAAUGCUUUGCAGAAUCCAGAUAGGGGUUCAAUUCAUGUCGGCUAACCUCCACCUUUAUUGUGAGAUUACCUGUAAACACAGUAUUCUGAGUUUCAGACUGUGCAGAGACUGUGUGCAGCUUCCAGGGGAGUGAUUUGAGAUGUGACUUGCAGCUUUGUUAUCCACAAAUCAAUUUGCAAAUAUCACAAAUUAGCCCCAGUGAAAUAUUCCACCCGGAUCUCGAUUUAGUCUAAACUUUGAAAUGAUUUUUCUGUAUUCCUUAAAAUAACCCAGAAAUCCGGUUUCAAUAUUGAUGUUUUUAAGAACUUACCAAAUUCUUGAUGCUCUGAAAUGGCAGAGGAAUAGAAUGAAUCCAGAUGCCUCUCUGAGCUGCCAUUGAACAUUACACAGUAAUGUUUGCUCUUGUGCUAAAUGAAGAGAUGCCAUGGGUCUUACAUUUUUUUAAAAAAUGUUGCUGGUUACCUUGUUCUGUGGACAGUGGCUUAUUGGUGGUGUAAUGUGCAUCUUUAAAGCCAAGAAAAAUUGGUUUGGCUUAAAAACAUGGUGUUUGAAUAAGUCCACCUGCGACAUUCUUUACUCAACUUCAGAAAGCAAAAUGCUGAACUGAUUAAUGUUGCUGAAUACAACAGUCAAUGGAAUCACAUUUGGUGGUUGCUGGUGUAUUUACGUAGAGUCAAAUUCUCAGAUGACACUGCUGUUCUUUCUCGAGUCGCAGAUUGAAUGUAUGAAUGUACCAAUUCUAGGUGGAUUUUCACAGUAGCAUUAGAUCGUAAGUCACAUUGUAAAUCUAUGAAUGGGGGAGAGGUGAACCCACUGGGUGCUGAAAUAGAAGAACUUCUUAAAAAAAAAAAAAUUAGUAUUUAGGGGAAUAGCUGUUAAACUGAAUGAGGGAAUGAAUCCUACAGGAGGUGGAAUUUCUGAUGAUUCUGUUUUUCCAAAAAAAAUCUACUUGAUUAAUAACUGAUAUCUGCACUUAUUUAUGGAGGAAAUAUCACCAGUGUUCAACUGUUCAAAGGAAUACUUAUCUAUAACGAGUAAUUAAUUUAAUCUGUAACUCACUAUUCUGUAUUUUGGACAGCUUUGAAAUGUGAGGCACAAAAUGGGUCAUGCACCCCAAAGGUUUUUUAUUUAAUAUUAUUGAAUAAUAACCUCAACAAUUUGGAUAUUGUUUAAAUAAUUUCCCCAAUAAUAUUACAAUUCGAUUACUCUUAAUAUAUUCUAGUCUGAUGUCAUGGUGGAUAAAUAAACCUGGUUGCAACAUGGAAUUGUACAGACCAGCAAAGUCUCAGGGUCAGUCCCCAGUGUAUGUUGAAGCCUCAGGCAGCAGCGGUAACACUACAGCUGGAGUUAAUGUACCAGGAUAUGGGAGUGUGGACACCAGUCAAAGACCCACUUGCUCUCCUGUGACACUGCAAUCACACUCAGCAUGAGCUGCAAGCUUUGUGUACAUUGCACAACUCCAUUCAAGGUGAGCCAGACAGUGAAACCAGGAACAGUAGCGAGAGAAGAAAUUCCAUCUGGGUCUAAAUUUAUUCUUCAUGUAGCAUUUUCGGUGUCCAGAAUUUGGCACGGUAUUGAAUUUUCAGUCUUAACCUUCAAGUUGGUUUUCUGUUCGCAAAAGAAACUUCCAGUAAAUCAACAUUAAAAUUAAGACUAUUUAAGGAUUCGUCAAAUUCUGGACACCCAAAGUGCAAAAUAGAGUAAAUCUAGACCCAGGCAGAAUUUCUCCCCCACAAUCUCCUAUCUCUUGUGGUUAUGGUUGGUCAAACAAAACCAAGCCGAUUUGUCUUUAAUCUGCAACUUGCAGCUAUUUCUGAAAGAUAUCUUUGGGAAGAGGGGGAUCCAUUUUGUGGCUUCGGUCCAUUUUUGAAAAACAAAAUCCCAAACCAUCAAUAUGAUACUUAACAUUUUGCAGCUUGUUUACAUACCUUGUAUGUUGUAACUGUUACAACUAUGGUGCUAAUCUUGUAUUUGAAAUGCUGGAUUUUUUUUAAUUUGCUGCUGCUUGUUUGCUGAAGUUAGCUUUUUACCCUCAGAAUGUUGCUUUCUGGGGCUGUCACAUGCUUUAGCAAUCAGGUUUAAACAGGGAUCUUUUCUACUUGUAGAAGCAAUAGCUGGGUGAUUUGUAGUACUGUAAAGCUACUUGCAUAUAGAUUCAGAUUUUUUUUGUUAUGUGGAAAUACACAUUUGAUUUCUGCUUAAAUUAAUUCUCUGAAAUAGUUCAAUAAAA